CGGGCGAGCAGGCGGUGCGCGGCCCCGCUGCGCCUCCUCCGAUCGCCCCGGACACUUUGGCACCGCAGAAAACUCCGGUCAGGUCCCGCUGCAGCCGGAGGCCGGAGCCUGGUGCCGGGCAUCUUCUAGCUGCUGAGCCCGCAGAGGAGCGCGUCCCAUCUCCACGGAGAGAGCGAGCGAGCGAGCGAGCGAGAGCGAGCCUGCGCCCGGGGUCCGGGCACGAUGCCCAGCGCGAAGUGCAGGAUGGAGGGCAGGACGCUGCUGGCCGUGGCCCUGUGGCUCUGCGUGGAGAUGCGGGCGGUCUCCGUGGGUUUGCCUGGCUAUGCCCUCCUCCCGCCCAGGCUCAGCACACCAAAAGACAUACUCACCAUUUUGGCUAACACAACUCUUCAGAUCACAUGCAGGGGAGAGCGGGACUUGGACUGGCUUUGGCCCAACAACCAGAGUGGCUCCGAGGAAAGGGUGGAGGUGACUGAGUGCAGCGAUAGCGUUUUCUGCAAGACGCUCACAAUACCAAAAGUGGUGGGAAAUGACACUGGAGCCUACAAGUGUUUCUACAGGGACACUGACGUGACCUCGGCCGUCUACGUCUAUGUUCAAGACUACAGGUCACCGUUCAUUGCUUCUGUGAGUGACCAACAUGGAGUUGUGUACAUCACCGAGAACAAAAACCGAACGGUGGUGAUUCCAUGUCGGGGGACGGUUUCAAACCUCAAUGUGUCGCUGUGUGCCAGGUAUCCAGAAAAGAGAUUUGUUCCUGAUGGAAACAGAAUUUCCUGGGAUAGUGAAGAGGGCUUCACUAUCCCUAGUUACAUGAUCAGUUAUGCCGGCAUGGUCUUCUGUGAAGCAAAGAUUAAUGAUGAAACCUACCAGUCUAUUAUGUACAUCGUUGUGGUUGUGGGGUACAGGAUUUAUGAUGUGACUCUGAGUCCUUCUCAUGGAAUCGAGCUAUCAGCCGGAGAGAAGCUUGUCUUAAAUUGCACAGCAAGAACUGAGCUCAAUGUGGGGCUUGAUUUCAACUGGGAAAGCCCUUCUUUGAAGCAUAAGAAAAUUGUAAACAGGGACCUAAAACCUCAGCCUGGGACUGCAAUGAAGAAAUUUUUGAGCACCUUGACAAUAGAUACUGUGACCAGGAAUGACCAAGGAUGGUAUACCUGUGCGGUGUCCAGUGGCCUGAUGACCAAGAAGAACAGCACAUUUGUCCAAGUGCACACAAAACCCUUCGUGGCUUUUGGCAGCGGUAUGGAAUCUGUGGUCGAAGCCACGGUGGGCGACCGUGUCCGGAUCCCCGUGAAGUACCUGGGCUACCCAACUCCCGAAAUCAAAUGGUACAAACAUGGAAGACUCCUUGAGUCCAAUUACACAAUCAGAGUGGGCCAUGCGCUGACAAUCAUGGAAGUGAAUGAGCGAGACACGGGCAACUAUACCAUCAUCCUUACCAACCCCAUUUCAAAGGAUAAGCAGAGCCAUGUGGUCUCCCUGGUUGUGAAUGUCCCUCCCCAGAUAGGUGAGAAGGCGCUGAUCUCCCCCAUGGAUUCCUAUGAGUACGGCACGACGCAGACACUGACGUGCACGGUCUACGCCAGCCCUCCCCCAGAUCCCAUCCACUGGUAUUGGCAGUUUGAGGACCAGUGCUCCUACAAGCCCAGUCAAGGAAUCUUAACAACAAAUCCAUAUACUUGUAAAGAAUGGAGAAAUGUCGAGGAUUCCCAAGGGGGAAAUAAGAUUGAAGUCACCAAAAAUCAGUAUGCCCUAAUUGAAGGAAAAAACAAAACUGUCAGUACGCUCGUCAUCCAAGCUGCAAAUGUGUCCGCUUUGUACAAAUGUGAAGCGGUCAACAAGGCCGGCCGAGGAGAGAGGGUGAUCUCCUUCCACGUGACCAAGGGUCCCGAGAUCACUUUUCAACCUACUCCCCAGCCGACCGAGAAGGAGAGCGUGUCCCUGUGGUGUACUGCGGACAGAACCACAUUCGAGAACCUCACGUGGUACAGGCUUGGCUCCCAGACAGCACCCUCCCACUCGGGAGAGCCACUCACGCCCGUGUGCAAGAACUUGGAUGCUCUUUGGAAACUGGAUGCCACCAUGUUCUCUAACAGCACAAAUGACGUCUUGAUUGUGGAGUUCCAGAAUGUCUCCUUGCAGGAUCAAGGCGACUACAUCUGCUCUGCUCAAGACAGGAAGACCAAGAAAAGACAUUGCAUGGUCAGGCAGCUCACAGUCCUAGAACGUGUGGCCCCUACGAUCACAGGGAACCUAGAGAAUCAGACUACAAGUAUUGGCGAAACCAUCGAAGUCGCUUGCAUAGCGUCUGGGAACCCGUCUCCACAGAUUACAUGGUUUAAAGACAACGAGACUCUUGUAGAAGAUUCAGGCAUUGUUUUGAAAGAUGGGAACCGGAACCUAACUAUCCGCAGGGUGAGGAAGGAGGAUGAAGGUCUCUAUACCUGCCAGGCCUGCAACGUCCUUGGAUGUGCAAGAGCAGAGACCUUUUUCAUAAUAGAAGGUGCCCAGGAAAAGACCAACUUGGAAGUCAUCAUUCUGGUGGGCACUGCGGUGAUUGCCAUGUUUUUUUGGUUGCUUCUCGUCAUCGUCCUACGGACCGUUAAGCGGGCCAAUGGAGGGGAACUGAAGACGGGCUACUUGUCCAUUGUCAUGGACCCGGAUGAAUUGCCCUUGGACGAACGCUGUGAACGCCUGCCUUACGAUGCCAGCAAAUGGGAGUUCCCCAGAGACCGACUGAAACUAGGCAAGCCUCUUGGUCGUGGAGCUUUUGGCCAAGUGAUUGAGGCAGAUGCCUUUGGAAUCGACAAGACAGCAACUUGCAAGACGGUGGCUGUGAAAAUGUUGAAAGAAGGAGCAACCCACAGUGAGCACCGGGCCCUCAUGUCUGAACUGAAGAUCCUCAUUCACAUUGGCCACCACCUCAAUGUGGUUAACCUCUUAGGUGCCUGUACCAAGCCAGGAGGACCCCUCAUGGUGAUUGUGGAAUUCUGCAAGUUCGGAAAUUUAUCAACUUACCUACGGGGCAAGAGAACCGAGUUUGUUCCUUACAAGAGCAAAGGCGCCCGCUACCGUCAAGGGAAGGACUACGUGGGAGAAAUCGCUGUGGAUCUGAAACGCCGUCUGGAUAGCAUCACCAGUAGCCAGAGUUCUGCCAGCUCGGGAUUCGUGGAGGAGAAAUCCCUCAGCGAUGUGGAGGAGGAAGACGCUUCUGAAGACCUGUACAAGGACUUUCUGACCUUGGAGCAUCUCAUCUGUUACAGCUUCCAGGUGGCCAAGGGCAUGGAAUUCCUGGCAUCGCGGAAGUGUAUCCACAGAGACCUGGCGGCACGGAAUAUCCUCCUGUCGGAGAAGAAUGUGGUUAAAAUCUGUGACUUUGGCUUGGCCCGGGACAUCUAUAAAGACCCAGAUUAUGUCAGAAAAGGAGAUGCCCGACUCCCACUGAAAUGGAUGGCCCCCGAAACCAUCUUUGACAGAGUCUACACGAUUCAGAGUGACGUGUGGUCUUUCGGUGUUUUGCUCUGGGAAAUCUUUUCCCUAGGUGCUUCUCCAUAUCCUGGGGUCAAAAUUGAUGAAGAAUUUUGUAGGCGAUUGAAAGAAGGAACUAGAAUGAGGGCCCCUGACUACACCACACCAGAAAUGUAUCAGACCAUGCUUGACUGCUGGCAUGAGGAACCGAACCAGAGACCCUCCUUCUCCGAGUUGGUGGAACAUCUAGGAAAUCUUCUGCAAGCAAAUGCUCAGCAGGAUGGCAAAGACUACAUUGUCCUCCCCAUGUCAGAGACCCUGAGCAUGGAAGAGGAUUCGGGACUCUCUCUGCCUACCUCACCUGUUUCCUGUAUGGAGGAAGAGGAAGCGUGUGACCCCAAAUUCCACUAUGACAACGCAGCACGCAUCAGUCAGUACCUGCAGAACAGUAAGCGAAAGAGCCGACCAGUGAGUGUGAAAACAUUUGACGAUAUUCCACUGGAGGAACCUGAAGUAAAAGUAAUCCCAGAUGACAAUCAGACAGACAGUGGGAUGGUUCUUGCGUCAGAAGAGCUGAAAACUUUGGAAGACAGAACCAAGUUAGUUCCAUCUUUUAGCGGGAUAAUGUCCGGCAAGAGCAGGGGAUCAGUGGCCUCUGAAGGCUCCAACCAGACCAGUGGCUACCAGUCCGGAUACCACUCGGAUGAUACGGACACCCCAGUGUACUCCAGUGAGGAGGCAGAGCUUUUAAAGCUGGUGGAGGCUGCGGUGCAAGUUGACUCUGGGACCCCACUGCUGUCUCCUUCCACUUAAAAAGAGGUGUCCACACCCCCACCCCCACUCCUGGAAGGCAUGGGAGAGGUGCUGCUCUGAUUCCAACUGGUUUUUUUUUUAAAUCCCCCCACCACCACCACCAGGAAGUGGCCACAUUUGAUUUUCAUUUAGGACAAAGGACCUCACUCAGACUGUAGGGAGCUAGUCUUCUGGGCAUUCCCCAAGAAAAUACUGGUGAUCCAAGAAUGUAUGGACUCUCCUCUCUCUCAUUCAUUUCAGAAGCAUGUAUAAAUGUGCCCUGCUGUGCUUCUGUCCAUGGGGAAAGAGCAAAAGACAUUAAGCAAAAGGGGCUCUGCCAUCUAAGAAGUCACCACACCUGGGCAGUGGGCACCUUUGGAACACUGGGACCAUCAGACGGUGUUAGUGUUUUGGGCGUUGAAGAUGUUUAGGGCUGAGUCUAUCCAAGAGGCUCUGUUGAAGAGAUGGGCUGAGAGCCAAGUGCUUAAGUGUGGGAUUUGGACUGGUAGAAAGGAAGGCCGAGCUUACUCCGAGAGCGCCCUGGAGCCUGCAGAUGCAUUGUGCUGGCUCGGGUGGAGGUGGGCAUGUGGCCUGUCAGGAAAUGCUAAGGCUGCAGGCGAGCUCUCUGGUCUGGUUUUAGAAGCUUGCGUGCUCUUCACAGUUGGACUAAAGGCGAGUUCCCUGUGCCGUUUCCGACUCCUAAUGAGAGUUCCUUCCGGACCCUUACGUGUCUCCUGGCUGAGCCCCAGGAAGGAAAUGAUGCAGCUUUGGCCCCUUGUGCCCCCCCCUCCAACACCCCCCCUCCCGACCCCCGGGCUGAUCUUUUAUUCGGAGCAUCACAAAGAGAGGACAUUCGGCCCCCGAGGAGGCUCCUUGUCAUGUUGAAGAGUUGACUGUCUAAACCAGCUUUGGUUAUCUGUCUCGAUGGCAUAUGUCUGAGACGGCGUGCGGUGGGUGCUGUGUCAAACUGUGGUGACAAAGCUUCGAGAAGGAUUGAAUCCUUUUGCUUCUCCUACACCCCCAACCUCCUCUCACCGUCCCCCAGUCCAUCAGUAUUUUAGCUUUGUGUCUCUACACUCCAGAAAACCUGAUUCGGUUUGUUCACUCUCUAAGUAAACGAUUGUUAGCCAGAUUUCAAAAUUACCUUAUAGCCAAAGUUAUGAUAACAUCUAUUGUAUUAUUUAGACUUUUAACAUAUAAAGCUAUUUCUACUGAUUUGUUCCCCCUUCUUUCCUUAUUCAAAAAAAGAAACUGUAUUUUUUUCAUCUGGUACCAUAGUGUGAGACGCUGGAAAGAAUGACUACAAAACAUGCUGUGGCACAUAUAUUUAUAGUCUGUUAUGUAGAACAAAUGUAAUAUAUUAAAACUUUAUAUUAUAUAUAA